UACAGCAAAACUAAUCUGCCGCAAGACAGCAUAGACAUGGCACAUUUUCAAAUGCAUCCUUUCUAUCCCUUAGUGUACACCUACUGCUCUGUGAAUCUUUUACUAUUAAUUUGUUCCGUUCAUCUUCCUGUGUUCGACAUCGUUUCCAGCAAGAUUUUACCACCGUGUUCGGAUUUGUGUGAUCAGGUCUCGAUGGAUUGCAGUUAUGCAAUUAGGAAAUUGAAAUUCCCAAUUUCGACUUUAUUACAACAAUGUUCGUCCAAGUCCACUCCAGGAAAUACCACAAAUACAAAAUGCUUCCUGCCAAAAGCUACGCCUGAAAGAAAAGGACCUAAUGUAUCAUGCUGCUUUGAUGUGAAACCGCAGCCAUUUUGUAACACCUCAACAUUUGUACAAUCAUCGCUCAAUCGUUCUCAACAAGAUGAAGUAAUUUUCAACUUGAGCACGAUGUAUCUUCCAAUAUUUCAUGCCCUGGAAUCGUUGAACCAACCAGUAUGUGCAGCAAGGUUAUCAGAUUAUCUUUGCCUAAAGAAAUUCCAGUAUUGUGUGCCAGGAAGUAAAAAUGGAGGAUGUUCCGGAGAAAUUUACAAACCAUUCCGUGAAAAUUGUUUGUUCUUCGCAGACAAUUCGUCACCUUGUUCUAUACAUCAUAUCAACACUAUUCUUCAAAAAGCUGGCUAUAAUAUUCAAAUAAUGACGACAGAUUUUGACUGCUCGACAUUACAGUCCAUUACGUCUGAAGCAGAAGAGCUUUCGCAAAAUAUUCUACGAUUUACAAAUGAUCGCCGAAUUACAAAUGGAUUACGUAUUCCACGAUUAACAAAUGUUGUGAAGCCAAGGGGAAGUGAAAGGACCGUACAUUGGGACAGUUUACGAGACACGAAGGAGAUUAAGGAAUAUGGAAUAUUAUGGAGAAAGAGAGAGGGACCUGAUUCUUCAAAAAAUAAUUACCAGCACAAUCACACCACAAAAGAAUAUUAUAAAUUCAACGGUAUUCCAACACUAAAUUCACAGUACGAAGUGCUGUUAACGGCGAUAGGACAGGAUGGGAUUCCGCAACCCUUUACCACAGUCGAAUUGCCGCUAACCAACGAUUAUUGUCCGAGUGAAGAAGUUGGUUCACUGGAAGCAUAUGGAAUUUUCCAGUGGCCAGAAACAGCAAUCGGAAUUCGUGCCACAAUUGCUUGCCCUUAUAACAAUGACUCUAUCGCGAGCCGUGAUUGCCUUUCUACAAACCAAACAGAAAGUGGGGGUGUUUGGGGGCCGUCUUUAGUUACGGAUUGCAAGUAUAUGGAGCAGCGAAGUGGAAAUCUUUUCCUAUUAUCUCAGAGAGAAGUUAAUAGUAGCAACGUUGUGAACAUCACUAAAGAGGUUAAAGAAUGGUCUUCUACUAAUCAAAACAACACUCUUAACCCUGGUGAUAUUGACUAUAUCGCUACAAUAUUAAACAGCAUUGCGCUGGUGAAAGAAAAAGCAAACGAGGUUCUCGACGACUUCCUCACAAUCAUAGACAAUGUGCUGGAUGCCCAACUUAAAAAUAUCGUAGAAAGUCAACAGAAUCGAAACUCUUCAUCGAGGAUUGUUGAAACUUUAAAUACGUUUGCAGAAUCAUUGGUUAUUGGCCCGGAAAGCGAACUUCAGGCGGUGAAAAAAAACUUUGAUAUUAGCUUACAAACAGUGAAGCCACAGAACUUUAGCGGACUUAAUUUUUCUGGCAUUAUCAGCAAAACAAAUCAAUCACAAACAAGAAAUAACACUUCAAAAAUACAGAGUAAUGAAGUAACACAAGUCUUGUCGCCUUCACUUAUAAUUCCGCGAACAAUAUUCAACGAAUCAACUGAAAAAAACAGAUCCGCAAACCAGACCGUCAUUUUUGUGCUCUAUAGAGAAACAAAAUUCUUUAUAUUAUCAUUGGCGGACACUACUAGGAGAUCAAGUCGCUUGAAUAGUCUUGUAAUUUCCGGAAGUAUUGAAGGGUUGUCAGUUUCAAAUUUAAGUGUUCCAGUAAACAUUGCACUACCAAGUAUUGAAAGAGGCGAAACAAAAAGCAUUCUGUGCUCUUACUGGGACUUCAGCAUAGGAAAUUGGUCGCAAGAUGGUUGCAAGUUUGAACGCGUUCUUGAAGAUGGAAGGGUGCUUUGUAGUUGCGACCAUUUUACCAACUUUGCAAUGUUGAUGGACAUAGCUCCAGGAGAGAAGACUGCACAUGACAAAAUACUUGGUGUAAUAAGUUACAUCGGCUGUGCGCUCUCAUUGGCUGGGCUCAUCUUGACAAUAUUUACGAUACUAAUUUUGAGGGAUCUUCGAACACAAAUUCCAAGCCAGAUUUUGCUGAACUUUUGUAUUGCGUUGUCGGUGACGUUAAUUGUGUUCAUCGCUGCCGUUGAGAAGACCAGGACAUCAUCACUGGCCGGCUGUCGGGCAGCGGCGAUCGCCCUUCAUUACUUCUUGUUAGCAGCAUUAUUUUGGAUGGCAGUAGAAGCGUAUAAUAUGUACUGGGCAUUUGUUAAAGUCUUUUCUGCUCCGUCCCGAGCUAAACUUUUAAUCAAAUGCUGUGUGUUUGCAUGGGGUACUCCUGCCGUAGUCGUGGGUAUAACAAUGGUAGUUGCACUGGAUAAAUAUGGCGACGGAACCUAUUGUCGGUUGCAAGGCGUACCUUUCAUUGUGGCAUUUCUAACUCCAACUGUUCUUAUCAUCGUUGGUAAUAUCGUGGCUUUUUGCUUCAUCAUUCGAUCAUUGCUAACUUCUGGUGCCAAGGUUACCUCUGACAAGAAAACAACGGGCUAUCAGCAAGCUCGGCAGGGGAUUGCGAUUAUGGUGCUGCUUGGUUUGACAUGGCUUUUUGGCAUUCUCGCGAUUGGCGAUGCCAAACUGGUGUUUCAAUACCUUUUCUGCAUUUUCAAUUCUCUUCAAGGGAUGCUUGUGUUUAUAUUUUUCGUUGUUUUACCUACUGGAACAAGACGAAAACUACAAAAACUAAGGAAAAGAAUGACUUAUAGUAAUAAUAGAAAUUGCGGUAAUGAUAAUCGAAGUGAUUUUCAGCUUAAAAAUUUGGCGGACGACAGCUCCCAGUUGAACAAAAAUGUUUAUUCCAACACUGGCGAUAUUCCAACACUGACCUCCGGUGCGGCUGAAUCAAAAUAUCAAAAUCCAACUUUUGACCAUCAAGCGUUUGAAAACCAUGUAAAGAAUGUCAGUGAUGAAGAAGAAGACAUGGAUCGUGUUUACGAGAUACUAGAUCAAAAAUUUGAUAACGAGUUAUGGUCAAACCCAAACGUGACUCGCUACAGUGUGAGAAAGAAUGGAACCACUUAUGUGACAACAAUUGAACUCAAUAUAAAAUAGAUUCCUUGCUCAGUUUAUGUAUACAUACAUAUAUAGAUAUAUAGAUAGAUAGAUAGAUAGAUACCUGAAAUUUCAUUAGAAUUGCAUAUGUUGUG